AGUGGGACUUAAAUUUAUAUAGAGUUUAUUGAUUUUAAAAGUUGAGAGAUUUGUUAAAUUUGGAAAGAGAUGUAGAGAAUUUUGUAUAUUGUGAAAAUCUAUGAAAAUAAAGUAAUGUAAUGAUUCUAAGAAUUCAAGGUAAACAUGUAGUAUUCUCAAAAUCUUAAUUUGUGAGUUAAAAUGAUAAGAAUUCAAUUCUCAAUAACACUUACUUUAAUAGAUUUGUAGAAUCAUUAAAAUCUAAACUUUUUGAAUAAUAAAUGAUUUUGUAUAGAGUUAUAGAAUCAUCAAACCAAUAACAAUAGAUUUUAAUGAGAAUAAGAGAAUCUAUAAACCAAUAACACUAGACUUAGAAAUUCUAAGACUCAUUAUAAAUCUCACCCCCACUAACACCCCCUUAUUUUUGGUUUGAUUUUUCUAACGUGUGUCGAGGUUUUUUCCACAUAAACAAGCAAAAGAAGAAAAAACAAGAAAAGCAGGAAGCCAUGAGAAUGUUCUUCAGUGUCCUCUUAGCAUCUCUGUUGAUAUUCUUCCCUCAUCCUCUACACGCCGGUGUACCCUACACCGGCAGCAUCUCUCCAGGCUUCGAAGGAGCUCAGGUGAAUUACAUCAGCAACGGCGGUAUCUUCCUCGAAUCCAUCAACAAAGACUUUGGUUUCGGUUUCAUAACCACACCAGAUGACGUCACUCUCUUCACACUCAGCAUCAUCCACAAAUCCAGUUCGAGACUUAUCUGGUCGGCGAACAGAGCUUCCCCUGUCUCGAACUACGACAAGCUCCAGUUCCAAGCCAACGGAGCCAUCGUCCUCCGCAGAGAAGAAGGAGGAGGAUCCGAGGUUUGGAGAUUGGACAAUGCAAACAAAAACGCUUCGAGAAUGGAGCUUCGCGACUCGGGGAACCUCGUGGUUGUCUCCGGCGACGACGGAGCUUCGAUCUGGGAGAGCUUCGAUCAUCCUACAGAUACUCUGAUUACGAAUCAAGUAUUUAAACAAGGCAUGAAGCUCACUAGCAAUGCUUCUUAUUCGAGCAACAUGACUUAUUCUCUCGAGAUCAAGUCAGGAGAUAUGUUUUUAUCUGUCAACAGCUUGACACCUCAAGUGUACUGGUCCAUGGGAAAUGAUAGGGGGAGGAUCGUUGACAAAGACGGUGGUGUAGUGACUUCAUCGUCUUUACUCAGAAACUCGUGGAUGUUCUUUGAUGAUAAACAGUCUUUGUUAUGGCAGUUUUUGAUUUCACACAAUAGAGAUGAUAAUUCCACUUGGAUCGCUGUUUUGGGAAACAACGGUGUGAUCUCCUUUACAAUUCUUGGGAGUGGUGAGUUUGCGGCUGAUUCUCUCACUAAAAUCCCGACCGAUAAGUGUGCAACGCCCGAGCCUUGUAGCCCUUACUACCUCUGCUCUGUUCGUAAAGUGUGUCAAUGUGUGUCCGGAUUGUCAAGCGCUCAGUCUGAUUGCAAAACCGGGAUCACUUCUCCUUGUAAGAAAACAAACAACAAUGCAACAUUGUCUGUGAAACUUGUAAAUGCUGGAGAUAGUGUUGACUACUUCGCACUAGGGUUUGCUUCUCCUUUCACCAACAACACUAAUCUUGAUAGCUGUAAAGAGUUUUGCAACAGCAACUGCUCGUGCCUCGGUCUUUUCUUCCAGAACAGUUCUGGUAACUGCUUCUUGUUUGAUUGGAUUGGUAGCUUUAAAAGCAUAGCAAGUGGAGGUUCUGGUUUCAUCUCUUACAUCAAGGUGGCUACUAAUGAUUCGGGAGUUGAAAAUAAAAGAGAUGACGAUGGGAAACACUUUCCAUAUAUAGUCAUUAUUAUCGUCUUUGUGGCAAUCUUUAUCAUCUGUCUUUUGAUCUUCGCGUUUUGUCGGAUUCAUAGGAGAACGAAAGCACGUUUGCUUGCUUCUCAAGAGACGACUCAUAGUUUCGUGAACAUUCUACCUGGUACGUCUAUCCAAUUUUCUUACAAAGAUCUUCAGUCAGCGACGAAUAACUUCUCUGUCAAGUUAGGUCAAGGAGGGUUUGGUUCAGUUUUCAAAGGAACGUUACCUGAUGGUUCUCACAUAGCCGUGAAGCAGCUCGAAGGAAUAGGUCAAGGCAAGAAAGAAUUCAAAGCCGAGGUUAGUACGAUCGGUAGCAUUCAUCAUCAAAACUUGGUGCAUCUCACAGGAUUCUGCGAGGAAGGGGCUCACAGGCUUCUCGUUUACGAGUACUUAGCGAAAGGUUCGUUAGAGAGAUGGAUAUUUAAGAGAAGGGACGGAGAUAUUCUGUUGGAUUGGGACACAAGAUUCAACAUCGCGGUCGGAACAGCGAAAGGUUUAGCUUAUUUACACGAAGAUUGUGACGCAAGAAUUAUCCAUUGUGAUAUUAAACCACAGAAUAUCCUCUUAGACGAUGACUUCAACGCCAAGGUAUCUGACUUUGGACUCGCUAAGCUCAUGACACGGGAACAGAGCCAUGUCUUCACAACUUUGCGUGGGACGAGAGGUUAUAUGGCUCCUGAAUGGAUAACAACCUACGCCAUCUCGGAGAAGAGCGAUGUUUACAGCUACGGAAUGGUUCUUGUAGAGUUAAUAAGAAGACGAAAGAACAAAGAGUCUUUACUAGCGAGUGCUAGUUUUCCUGCUUAUGCUUUUAAGAGGAUGCGGGAAGGAUUGCUUAUAGAGAAUGUUGAUUGGGAUAUGGAGGAGGGGGAGGGUGUUGAUGUGAUGAACGAUGAGAGAGUUCAAAGGGCGAUGAAAACUGCGUUUUGGUGUAUACAAGAAGAUAUGCAUUUGAGACCGUCCAUGAGCAAAGUUGUUCAGAUGCUUGAAGGUGUUUUCCCUGUGCUUCAGCCUCCGUAUUACACGAGGUUGGAGUUGAGGUCGAUCAACGAAGAAGGCGGUGGUGGAAUUUCAUCAUCAAUAUCUCAUAGCCAGCUCUCCGGUCCGAGAUAAGAAACUUAUAAUUGGGUAUUUUUCGGUUGGUAUAUUGUUGUUUUGUUGUAAUAGUGUUUUUCUUAUUUUUAAAAGAAAAGAAGUGUUUCUCUUAGUUUUUGAGGUUCUUCUAUCUGUUGACUUGUUGGUGAACCGAUAAGUUUGGAAAUGUAAAAGUUAUAUUAUAUCUAGAAUGGAACAUGUGAGCUCUGGAUGUUCUGUUUAUA